AUGUACCACAAGACACUGAGCAACCAAACCCAGCUUUCAGAAUUCCUUCUCCUGGGAAUCUCAGAGGACCCAGCCCUGCAGCCUCUCAUCUUUGGCCUGUUCCUCUCCAUGUACCUGGUCACUGUCAGUGGGAACCUGCUCAUCGCCCUGGCCAUCCUCUCAAACCCACACCUCCACACACCCAUGUACUUCUUCCUCGCCAACCUGUCCAUGGUGGACGUCUUCUACACCACCACCAACAUCCCCAAGAUGCUGGUGAACAUUCAGACGCAGAGCAGAGCCAUCAGCUAUGCAGGCUGCAUCACACAGACGUUCUUCUUCCUGCUGUUUGGAAGUCUGGAUAAUUUUCUCCUGGUUGUGAUGGCCUAUGACCGUUAUGUGGCCAUCUGCCAUCCCCUGCACUACACGGUCAUCAUGACCCCCAGUCUCUGUGUACAGCUGGUUCUGAUGUGCUGGACCAUCGGUGUACUGAAUGCCAUGUUACACAGCUUACUGGUGCUGAGGCUGAGCUUCUGCACACACGGGGAAAUCCAUCACUUCUUCUGUGAGUUGAAUCAGGUGGUCCACAGUGCCUGCUCUAACACUUUUCUUAAUGACCUCAUGAUGUAUCUUGCAGCAGUGCUGCUGGUGGGAGGUCCUCUGGCUGGGAUCCUGUACUCUUACUCUCAGAUUGCCUCCUCCAUCCGUGCCAUCUCCUCAGCUCAGGGCAAGUAUAAAGCCUUUUCCACCUGUGCCUCUCACCUCUCUGCCGUCUCCCUAUUUUAUGGCACACUUCUAGGUGUGUACCUCAGUGCCAGUGCUGCCCCAAGUUCAGCCUCAACCGCAGCAGCCUCGGUGAUGUACACAGUGGUAACUCCCAUGCUGAACCCCUUCAUCUACAGCCUGAGGAAUGCAGACAUCAAGAAGGCUCUGAAAAGAUCUUUGGGCUGGAAAUCAUGA